CCCACAUCAGAAGCUCCCCUCACCUUCCAGUUCCAGCCUGUGGCAAUGCUGAAGCAGGCGCUUGAGUGCGUGGUGAGAAACUCAAAGGGAAUCAUACCAUCAUCAUCAUCAUCAUCAAGAAGAUGUAUGAGGCGGAAGGAUUUGUGCACCAAAACCCACACAGAGGUGGCGAGGGAGAGGGCGGAAUGCGUGGUAAUAGGGGCCGGUGUGGUGGGGCUAGCAGUGGCCAGAGAGCUCUCUCUCAGGGGCAGAGAAGUCCUGGUUCUCGAUUCUGCCCCCACCUUCGGCACCGGCACUAGCUCUCGCAACAGCCAAGUCAUCCACGCCGGCAUCUACUAUCGUUCCGAUUCUCUCAAGGCUAUUCUUUGUGUUAGAGGAAGAGAAAUGCUGUACAAGUACUGUUCUGAACAUGAUAUUCCUCAUAAACAAAUUGGAAAGCUCAUAGUUGCCACUGGAACCUCAGAGAUUCCGAAGUUGAAUAAUUUAAUGAAUCAUGGAAUUCGAAAUGGGGUUGAUGGCUUGAGGAUGAUUGAGGGUUCCGAAGCCAAGAGAAUGGAACCUGAGCUGCAAUGUGUGAAAGCCUUACUAUCACCUGUUUCUGGGGUUGUUGAUACUCAUUCCCUAAUGCUAUCUCUAGUGGGGGAAGCUGAAAAUUAUAGAACAACCUUCUCCUACAAUACUACUGUCAUGGGUGCCCAUAUUGAAGGAAAUAACAUUUGCCUCCAUGCAUCUGAAACUAAACAUCUUGAGAACUGGAAUGGGAGGUCUCUGUUGCACCCAGAGCUAGUACUCAUUCCUGACCUUGUUGUGAACUCUACAGGCUUGAGUGCCCCUGCCCUCGCAAAGAGAUUUGAUGGCCUGCAUAGUGGAGUUAUUCCCACUGCAUAUUAUGCACGUGGUUGCUAUUUCACAUUAUCUAAUACUAGAAUCCCUCCUUUCAAUCAUUUGAUAUACCCAUUACCAGAAGAUGGCGGUCUUGGAGUGCAUGUUACUCUAGAUUUGGAUGGCCAAGUCAAGUUUGGUCCAGAUGUUGAAUGGAUUGAAGGUAUAGAUGAUAUUUCAGGCUUUCUGAACAGGUUUGACUAUUCAGUAUGUGCUAAUCGUGCCAAGCAAUUUUAUCCAGAGAUUAGAAAGUACUAUCCAAAUUUGAGAGAUGGAUCUCUAGUCCCAGGAUAUGCAGGGGUCCGUCCUAAAAUUUCAGGACCUCGACACUCUACUGCUGAUUUUCUAAUACAGGGUGAAGAAAUUCAUGGGAUACCUGGUCUUAUUAACCUUUUCGGAAUUGAGUCACCUGGUUUAACUUCAAGCUUGGCAAUUGCAGAACAUAUAGCUGCUAGAUUCUUGAGAUAAUGGCAUACAUAAGCUCCCAUUCCGUAUUUUAUAUAUUUGAACACACACAUCUGAUCAUGCAUCUUACUAUGACAAUGAAGUCUUCAGAGCAGGUGAUUGUCUCUAUCCCCUUUGGUUUCAAAAUCUAUCAAAUCUGUUACAAUUUUUUUUUUCCCCUCAAGGUGAUAGGCACUAGGGUUCGGAAUUGACAAGGUUCAGAGCACUCCAACAAAAGCAUGAUGCAACUGAUGUGUACAAUAGUGAAGAAUAAGCAAGCUAUAGAUUCAGUACCUCUAGACUCUUAUAUGAAGCUUUUAGAUUAUAUGCAGAGUUAAUAAGAUCUUUGUUGCCUACUGAUUUGACAGAAACUUCAUUGCGAGUCUCCAUUGUUGGGCUUUUUUACCUUCUUUCACCUCGAUUUUCACUUCUAACUAGAUUUUCUUGUUUUUAGCUAGGAUUAAAGUUGCUUUAAGCUUAAAUUCAAAGAAUCAAAAUGAAGGAUACAGAGGUGUCCACACUUUUGUUAAGUGACUUCUUUAAUGGGAAAGGGGUAUUUGGUACUGGA